AUGAAGUUGAACUGGGAGAGGAAGAGGAGGAGGCGGAGGAAGAAAAAUAAGUGCCUCUCCACAUUCAAGCGCUACAGAGGUACAACUUUGACCAGAGGUCAUUCUGUGUACAUGAUUAUUAGCUGAGAUACUAGGUAAUUUAGAUCCUUCAACUCAUAUCAUUAUUUUAGAACCUGCCAUUAUUCCACUUUAGCGUAAUGAGCUAUUUCCCUCAAAUCAAUGGGGUUUUAAUGGAGCCUAGUUGUCCUAGCAUCUCUCCCAUUGCCCUAGGCCUAGGGCACUGUAGUAGUUAUAUUUUCCUUUCACCUUGAUGGCCUUGUAUGACUCAAAUGUAAACAGACAUCAAUGCUCUCAGUGUGUUACCUAUCUCCUGACUGUAUGGGUGUUUCAACCCCCAUAUGUGAGCUUUUCACAGGUGGCUGGUGGUACAGGGAGGACAGGCUCAUUGUAAUUGCUGGAAUGUAAGAAUGGUAUGAAACACAUCAAACGUGGUAUUAUGAGCCGUCCUCCCCUCACCAGCCUCCUGUGGAGCCUGUAUUGGCUAGGUUGAAGACAAAAGAGGUAAGGACAAGUUGUAUUCAUGUGCGCAAGCUUUCGAAAUUAAACAGAUUCAUGUUUAUUCUAGUUGAUAACUAACAUCGCUGGUCUGUUUGUUUAGAAUUAUUCUGCAUCUAUGCAAAGAGUUAUGGGAUAUUAGAAAUCCUCCUAUCCUGGGUAUCUUCUACCUAGCAUGUUAUUGGUUCGAUGUCACAACAUACAACUUUGGGGGUGUUUCAGCAACAGUGCAAAGUUCUACAUUGCAGUCUACAGUACACUAUGACAUCACCCAAAGAACUGUAGAAUGCACUGUUGCACUCUAAAUAUGAUGGAACUGUGCCUUCACUUUAGCCUCUGAAUCACAAUGUCAGUAUUCUCAUUGUAGCAACUUGUUUUUGAAGCCUCCAUGCAGGCUAAAAAGUAUGGUUUGAUUUGAUAAAUUAUUAGAUGUUGUUAUUAUAAUGCUUAUUGACUGCAAUAUAAAUUGGCUGUAGUGAGAGUAUCCAUGCAUUGACUUACAGGGCUUUAGGGAAUAAAGCUUUCCUCCAGCCAGUGAGCAAGGAUGAGAUUAUUGCUCCAAAGGCCCGUGAGAUCUAUCAGAAAGCAAAAGGUGAGAGAGUCAUUUUGAUAAUGCAAAUAUAUGACCGGGUUCAUGCACUGAAACACAAUACAAACAACACUUUUUUUAAAAUGUGUAUCUGGGUUUGGCUACAUUGCUGCUAUCCUCAAAAAAGUGUGCUUGAUACAGUAGGCAGACUACAGUACUAAUUAGCAGUAUUGUGUUUUGAAGUGGAUGACAUUUGACAUAUUUUCAAUAUGUCUGUAACAGUCCUGGAUUCCAAAGAGAUCUGGAACAUUCUUAGGGAGGAGUCUGAGUCCAAACUGGCUCAGAUGGAGACGGCCAUUGACGGGCCCUCAGUGAUCAAGGUUUCCCUGAUACUACACAGAGAACACAUCCUGUCACAAUGUCACACACCGUUACCAACCAUGACCUGUGUCAUCUUUAUAAGACAUUCAACCAAUGCAAAACUCUGUUGUCUAGAAAAACCAACAAGUAGAUUUCUAGAUACUUGCUUAGAUUCGAUUUGCACUCUCUUUCUUUCUCUCUCUCUCUCUCUCCCUUUCUCCCCCUCUCAGGCGUUUGAUUACAGGAUGGAGUGUCAGAAGCUGCUGGAGGUUCAGGGGCAAGGGAAGUCUAGCCGCCAUAAGAAUCGAGUGGCGCUCAUGUUCAAGGCCUCGGAGGCCAACCUGGACAGGAGAACCCUGCUCAUAGCCAACAACCCCCUGCCCGACCUCCAUAACCUGAAGGAGGGUGACAGCCCCACCAAAUACCUGGCAGGCAACCCCCUCGCACCCGCCCCCGCCCUCACCAAGGUAAGAGGUCAUUUCAAAAAUCAUGUGAUGUUGAGAAAAAUCCCAAAGCCUAACUGCGCAAAAAGCAAGAGUCAUGUGGAUAGCUUGAAUAUUGAAUGCUCUUAAAUUGGUAAAUUCGCUGUUCCCUCAGAGGCUUGAAGCCAUUCGGGGUCGUCAGAGUGGUUUGCUUCCUCUGAAACAUCCUCUUAAAUUGCCAUCUGGGACGAGAAGAGAGGGCAGCAAGCGGAGUAGCGGUGGGUGUGCUGGGAAAGAGUUGAGUGGUUGAGUGGUCUUGAGUUGUCACAAAUAAUUUGAAACAUCAUAUUUCUCUCCAUUACCAUGUACAGUUAGGGAUAUUAAUGAAUGGCAAUACUUUGUGGUCCCACAGAGCUCAAUCAUGGGUGCGAACACGUCUCUGUGUGCAGUUCUCUGAGGAUAGGUCAACGGAUUCAGACAGGGACAACGGACAAGAAGGUAUUUCAUCACACGCGACGGAACAUUAUUUUUGGUGAUGCUGAUGAUUACGAUGAUAUUAAUAUUUGUGUGUGUGUGUGUGUGUGUGUGUCUGUAUCUAGGUGUUGCCCUAGAUCUGACCCAGAGCACUGAGGUCAAAGAUCAGUGCACUGAACUGUGUGAGCCCCUCACUCUCUCGGCCCUGCUGGAGACUGCAGUCACAGUAACAGCACCAGGACAGGGGGCGUUCCGCUAUGGACAGAUCACCUACUGGAACGGGACCAGCAGCUGUGAACUGCCGCCAUGA